AUGGGAGGAAAGACUUUACAUAGUCAAACACGGACACUUGCUUUAAAAGUUUUAAAAUUUUUCGAAAGUGAAAAAUCUAAUAAAACGUUUCUCAUUCCUGUGGAUCAAGCUUUAAAGAGGGCUUGUGCAGCAACAGGCAUAUCUAAGGCAACACUUUUAAGAAUCAAAAACGAGGCGAAAAAUGUUCCGCCAAUUCCUCAAGAACAAAGUGAUGAUGCCACAGCAGUGUCGGAACCAUCUACUUCUGAAGCGAAAACAGAUUCAAAACUGUCAACCCCAGGAAAAAAAAGGAAACAGUAUUCAAACAAAAUUGAACUUGACAGUUUCGAUUUGUGUGCGCUAAGAAACUUAGUCGACAGUUUCUACGCAGUACGGAAAGAAAUUCCGACAGUGAAAAAGAUAUUAACGGCUGCAAAAGCCGAUCUAAAUUUUCCAGGUGAAAAGACCACGCUACGUCGAUAUCUCGUAAACUACUUGGGGUACAGGUUUAAAAAAUGUAAGAACGCACGACAUGUGUUAAUACAAAAGCCAGAGAUUGCCGCCUGGAGAGCCCGUUACCUGCGAAAAAAACGAGAAAACAAUGAGCUUGGGGCGAACAAAAAACCCAUAAUUUAUUUAGACGAGACGUGGAUACAUUCCCAUUAUACUGUGCGCAAAUGUUGGCAGAAUGAAAAUGACGCAAGCGUUAAAAAAAAUGAUAACCCAGGACUGCGGUGGAUAUUGGUGCACGCGGGCGGUGAAAACGGAUUUAUCCCCGGUGCUGAAUUGUUAUACAAAUGCAAAAGUAAUACCGGGGACUACCAUCACGAAAUGGAUAGCAAAAAUUUUAAUAAGUGGUUGACAGAAAAACUAAUCCCAAAUUUGCCUCACAAUAGUCUCGUUGUUAUAGACAAUGCUCCCUACCACUCAACGCAAUGUGAAAAACCACCCGUGAGUUCGUCCCUGAAAGGUGAUAUGCAGAGUUGGCUCCGAAAAAACAACAUAAAAUUUGAUGAGAAAAUGACAAAACCGGAACUGUACCAUAAAAUACUCCUAAAUAAACCACCAAAAAAAUAUAUAGUGGACGAGCUGAUGAGAGAGCAUGGGCACGAGGUAUUACAGCUGCCACCCUACCAUUGCGAUUUAAACCCAAUCGAAUAUAUAUGGAAUUUAAUAAAACAGAGGGUGGCAGCCAAAAAUAUAAACCAAUACGAAAAAGAAAUAGAGGGCUUGACAAGUGACGCAAUAAACUCAAUAACGGCUUCCGAUUGGAAAAAAGAAAUUAAACAUAUCGAAAAAUUAGAAAGUGAAUAUUGGGAGAAAGAUAGACUUGGCGAGAUCCGACAGAGGGAACUAAUUAUAUCCCUCGGAGGGGAAGAAACCAGCUCAGAGAGCGAAAGUGAUGACGAUACAACGGAGGGAAUACAACCUAUUAUUUAUAGUGAUAAUGAUGAAUAA